AUGCUGUUUAUAGACCGUGGAUGUGUUGUUAAUGCUCAGGACAUAUAUGGUAGAACUGCUCUGCAUUUUGCUGUUUUGUUAGACCUUGAAAAUGUAGUUUGGAAACUUAUUUCUAGUAGUGACAUCGACAGAUCUGACGAGUUUGGUAAUACGCCAUUACACUAUGCAUGUAGGAAUGGAAGCCAGAGUCUAGUUGAUUUACUCAUAAUUUCCGGGGCUAAUUUACGGUCCCUAAAUCGAGAAAAUACUUUAGAAGAGUUUAGAAAUUUUGAAAUUUUAAAUGAUAGAACUCAGCUCUUAAAUUAUGUCAUUCAUGAAUCGAAGCAGUGUCUUGGCUUAGAAAAUCUCAGCCAUAUUAGCUAA